AUGUCUUACAAUUUCAGUGCCAAUCAGUACGAAGGGGCUUUUAAGCCGCAUAAUUUGGGCAAUUACCAAACUCCUAAGUGGUUUCCAAAGCAUCCGACAACAUUAUGUAAAGCUACAAGGAUUAUUGGAAAUGAUCGAGGACAUCAACUGCCUUUUGCAAAACGACCAGCGUGCAAUCCAUGGGGCUAUCAUUUAAACACAUGGCAACUCCCUAUGCGAAUUACUCGGGAAAUAGCAAAAGAGCUUAGUGCUCCGCAUCCAUCACGUAUGGAAUUUUGGCAAAGACAUGUUAAAGCUGCUGAAGCCAGAUGUCAACAAUACAGUAAGAAAAAGAAGUGCCAGGCAGCAACAACUUUCUCAUCCCCUAAGGCCCACCCUGAUCCUAAAGAUAUGACUUAUGUGUACUGCCCUUGCACGAAUAGAUCAAUUUGUGAGAAUAUGGCAAAGAAACAAUCUGAUCUAGAACAUCCGACAAAAUCAGUUAAUUUGCCUCAACAAAAAACUGUUGAUCCCCAAGUGAAAAAUUUGUCCAGUGCAUGGCAGAAAGAUGAAGUAAACUGGCCCAGAAGUACAAUAGAUUAG